AUUCUUUCUGGAAGAAAACAUCUCCGUGAGUGAUCUUAUAUUCCAGUGAUUUAGAGGUCUUUGAACUGCAAUUUAAAGGGUAAUAUGAUCUUAUUCAAUUCCGUUCGCUGCAUAAAGAAAAACUGAUUUACCACGGUCAGCUCGCGGGGAAUUUGAAAAUAUGUCAACUUCCAUUUUGUGUGACAAAUUUCACUUGUUGGUGUGGUUAAACAAGUCCGUAGUUUAUUCCUCACGACGCGAAUGAAGGGUUGUCUGAGCAACAUUCUUUGAGAUUCCCGUAAACAUGAACGAGGGAAUGAAUUUUUCGUUUGGAAGAAGACAAGAAAAGAUUGAUUGGCGAAGGCUUGCUUCUGUUGAUGUCGACAGGAUAGUGAGAGAAAUGGAUGUAAAUACAUUGCAAGAUAACAUUAUGCAUGUCACAUUUAGCAACAUAGAAGCAGAGCUGGGAAUGCAGGGUGCUGGUUUUGAUCCAAACUAUAUCAAGUUGUUUCGACUGGCACAGCUCAUAAUUGAGUACCUUUUGCAUUCUCAGCAGUUUCUCUCAGCAAAUCUUGACGCAGACAACAAGACACUAGAAGAAGCGUUGGAGGAAGCUGAAAAGACCAAGAAGGAGCUAGAGGUAAAAAAGGAAGCCUACAAAAGACUGAAAAAAGAAUGCCAGAAACAGAAGCAAUGGAUUGCUGAGUAUCAGCUUCUGAUCAGGGCUGGUGCUAGUGGGUCACACAAGUGUCCAUAUUGCGCCAAGUCAUUUGUUAGCCAUGAGUACGUCAUAGCCCACCUGUCAAGGCGACAUGGCGAACACUCAAGUCAAAUGAAUGGGAUGGUGAUCUCGGCGGCACCUGUGAAAUCUGUGGGUACAGUAACCGUGGAAACUAAACCUGGCAUGACAGAGAAAGAGAAGAGCAAUCUUGAGGAGGAGUUGGAAAUGAUUAAACUGAGACUGCAAAAAACUGAGCGAGAACUUGACGAGGAGAAGAAAUUAACACGGUCACAGAGAGGUCAGUUGACUUUAGAAGAUCAAAAGAUUGAUGAACUUAAAGCAAUGUUCAAUCAGUGGAAAAAAGAAGAAAAGGAGGAACAACAGCAAGAAAUGGCCGAUUUCAAGAGAACCUACUUGCAGGAUAUGAGCAGAGUUAAAGCAGAGAGGGAUAAGUUUUCUGCUGAUGUGACUGCGCUUAGAGAACAGCUGAAAGAAAGGACAUCAAUGAUAGGGUCAAUAAGGGAUGAAGAUGAAACUGAUUCUCCUUCCAAGUUCAACCGAGCUGAAAUGUCGCAGCAGUUUAUGGUGCAGUUGGAAGAAAGGGCUACUCAGAUAAAAGCAGAAACACAGCAAAAUUUAGAGAAUGAGAUGCAGAAAAUGCAACAGAAAUUCAAGGCUCGGGAAGAUAAAUCCAAAAAACAACACAGAGAAGAAAUGGGGCAGUUUCAGGAAAUGUUGAGCCAGUAUGAAGAAAACUUACAGAAUGAAAAAACUGAGAAAAAUCGACUUUCUGAAGACUACGAAAACAAAAUACAAAAGCUGACUAUGCAAGUUCAAGACCUCAGUAAUGCACUGGAUUCACAAAAGGUGGAGACAGACAGAGUUCAGCGCACAUUCAAUGCUCAGCCGCCUCCACUCCUUGCUUCUACACCCCCUGUGCCAGCUCCAAGACAAACUGAAAGCCCUGUUCAAGCUGAACCCAUUGAAAGAGAAAGAGCAAAAUCUCCAGAGAAGAGUGUAACAACAGGAGAAGCCAUUACUCUUUACGUAUCGACGAAUCAAACCAAGUCUGGCCAGUAUCGUUUGUGGCGUCAAUCUUCUGAUGGCUCCAAUGAAUGGUCUAAUAUGUUCGCUUUCUCCGCCUUUGUAAAACCCACCGGGAACUUCACUUUCCCGAUCUACGUGUUCACCGCAGGGGGAUCCCCGUAUUGGCGACAGUAUAUAUCUGGGAACUCCUCCCCUCCCAGCACGGAGUAUCGUUUAGACUACAUGUUUUACUGUUCUCAGUCGUCAUUACCUGGGACUCUGCAGUAUCACGUGCAAGAGGCGGGGAGUGUUCCUGUCAUAAGAUCGUAUGUGUCCAAGACGAAGAGUAUUCCGGGAUGGAAGCACAAGGGGUUGUCGUUCUUCGCUCCUAAACAAACUCUAGGUGGCGACAAAUCAUUGGCAAGCGUUUCUGCAUCUUUCGAAUCGACUUUGACAGAGGACAAAGAACAAGACUUUGAGCCAAGCGAAUCUGAAUCCGAAGAAGAGGUUCCUGCUCCUGUGGUGCCAAAAGUAGAAGUGGAAGAUGUCGAUGCAAACGAAAGCACAGAAACUAUUGAAGACGUGAAGGAGAUAACUUCAGGCCUCUCCAGCUCUGAGUGGGGCACAACCACUCUCGAAGCCGGCGAGUUUCAUCCAAUGCCCCACAAUAAGCUAAUUACAACUCGGUUUGACCACAGAUUUGAUGAAGUGCGUGCGUGUAGACAAGAAAUUGUUCAGAUUCUGGACCAGAAACUUGCUAAACAAGGAUUAUCGCCUGAAAAUGGGAGGCUGUCUUCACAGAAAAUGGAGGCUAAAAUGGCCGCACUGAAAACAGAGAGACAAGCCUGGAGCAAGAAAAUCAAGAAUUUUACUGCAGUAAGACAAGAAUGCGUGGACGAGUUGGACGACAUUGUAAAGAAAACGUACCGCAGUGGGGCCGCCACAGGGAAACCAAGCUCACCAGUUCCCUCGGGUCCUCGUCCUGGCAACCGUUCUCCCGCGGCUAAACCUCCAACAUUCAAGUCUACGGUAACCGCUGUCCGUACUUCUGCUUCACUGCAGCCCGGCAGAAAGUCACCUGCUCCAAGAGGGACCCCAGGGUCUACAGGUUCAACCAGUGGCGGUGACAUGACAGUCAGCGUUACUUCCGUCACGGACCGCUCCUUCAGCGGCACGUCGGUGACUGAGCGAACUUUGAGCGAAUCUGAAGACGAAGUGAGCGUGACGGAAGGAUCACAGGAAGAGGAGGAAGAUGACGAGGAAGGAGAGUCUAACUGGGAUUCAGAAGAAGAAGCUGUCAAACCGCCGCCAGCCCAACCUACUCACAGAGUAGCAGUUCACAUUCCCUCUCAAGAAGACCAGGAUUCAGAUUCAGACAUUGAAGAGCUGGCUGCAGUUAAAACCAUCCCCAAAGCUGCUCCACGAGGCGAAAAAGUUCGCGAGUUGGCUGAAUCUCUGGAGCGUAGCUUGACCCUCGGCUCUUCAACCAAGAAACCUGCUGGUGGAGUGUCGCUUCACUUUCAGGGGAAUGGUAACGAAAGAAGUGAGCCUCGGAGAACUACUGCUCAGCAGUCGUCGGGACGUCAGAAUGAAGAUGAUGUUGAUAGCGACUUUUCCAUUUCCUCUUUCGAUGAGACGACACCAGCCAGACGGACAAUCGAUCAAGGUCGAGGAACAUUACAGUCUUCAGGUUCAGCGCAAUUUACUGGCCGACAGAGUCCUGUGUUCGAGUUUAAAAGACCUCAACCCCAGUCCACACGUGUACAAGCAUUCGCCGAUGACGACUUCUCGGAUUUUGACGAAGACUGAGCUUCGACAUCGCGAGCAGGUGGAUCGGUCGCCUGUCGGAAAAUUUCCGAUGUAACUAACGCUUGGCGCGAAAAUUGAUCACAUUUAUAUUCAAGUUUGCAGAGUAUCUUUGUAGUUGGCGAGAAUUAAAUAUUGUAAUUAGAAAGUUCACGUAAAAGCAUUGGAAGGUCAAUUUUUAUAGAUUGCGUACACAGAGAAUUUUGUAUUUUGAGCGUGCAAAAGUAUCUUUUUGGAGUGCUGGCAUUGAAUUUAAAAGCAAACAAAACAUAGUUGUAUAUAUUUCUGGUCAAAUUUCAUCGGAUGCGUUUUUGAGAAAUGGUCGUAAAGGUACCCGAAGCGUGUCCGGUUAUUAUUAACCAAUCACUUAUCAACAUGAGCAUCCCCGAGCACACCGAAAAGUCAUGUUUUGACGUUGGAGCUUGUCAUCUUGACAACACGUUAUGUUGCUUGGCAAAAUAUAACUAAAUCGUGGUCUUGACCAAUUCUUGGAAAAAGAAUUCUGUAAAGGUCUUUGUUGUAUACCUCCUCCCCUUCGUAUUUUGUGCACGUUUGGUGGCUUGAAAACAUUUACAGCGUUUCUAAACACGCGUUGCUCUAAUAAAGAAUAUUUUAGACAUU